GGGGUUACCUGCGCGCAAGCGCGGUGACGUCGCGCCCUUGGCCAUCGCAGUCGGAGGUGCGUGCGCAGCGGUGGCGGGCGGGAGGGCGAGAGAAGCUUCUGGAAUAAUGUGAGGCGAUCGGGCAUUCAUGGGGGAAGAGCAGGGUACAGAGAUCUGGCAAUGUGCAGGGUGUGGUGGCCAUGUAACAGAUCCACGAACUCUGAUCAGAAUUGUAAAUAAAGUAUGGCACUCUUCCUGCUUCUGCUGCUGUGUUUGCUGUGAUCGUCUCAGCACUUGGUAUUAUGAAAAAGAUGGAAAGCUGUACUGUCACAAUGACUAUGGGUUAAAGUUUGGAGAGUCUUGUCAUGGCUGCUCUUUGGUAAUGACUGGUCCAGUGAUGGUUGCAGGUCAAUAUAAAUUCCACCCAGAGUGUUUUUCAUGUAUGCAUUGUAAGGUAAUAAUUGGAGAUGGAGAUACAUAUGCCCUUGUUCAGCGAUCAAAGCUCUUCUGUGGGACAUGUCAUAACCAGAUUGUCCUGUCGCCCAUGUUUGAAAGGCUCUUCCCUGAUUCACUACAGGAUUUAUUGCCUCACAUUUUGACUUUAGUUUCAAUCCCAGCAGCAACACAUGGAAAAAGAGGAUUCUCUGUUUCAAUUGAUGGUGAUAGCUCCACAACUGCUACAAGUGUCCAGAUUAACAAUGUUUCCAGGAUGCAGAUCAGUCCUGAUGUUCAGAAGGUGAUCCAUCCAGGAGACCGUGUCCUUGAAAUUAAUGGAACUCCCAUCCGUAAUCUAUUUGUGGAUGAGGUUGAAGAUCUUAUCCAGAAAACUAAUCAAUCACUACAGAUACUCAUUGAACACGAUCCAGUUCUUCAGGCACGAGAAGUACCAGAACAUUCUGCUUGCUCACUGUCUCCUUCAUCACUGCAACAUUGUAAAGAGACUCUAGCUGAUGAAGGUACCCUGAGGAGACGAUCCCUUAGGCGCAGUAACAGCACUUGCAAAUCUCCAGGACCUUCCUCGCCAACUGCACCCAUGCUAAACCGUGAGAUUAGCCGCUCGGAAUCUCUGCGAUCCAUAACAAGCUGCUCUCACCGAAUCUUCCGGCCUUGUGACCUGAUCCACGGUGAAGUACUUGGCAAAGGAUUCUUUGGUCAGGCUAUCAAGGUGACUCAUAAAGCCUCAGGAGAAGUAAUGGUGAUGAAGGAACUAAUACGGUGUGAUGAGGAAACUCAAAGAACGUUUCUAAAAGAGGUGAAAGUGAUGCGUGGUUUACACCAUACAAAUGUGUUGAGGUUUAUUGGCGUUCUGUACAAGGAUAAGAAACUGAAUCUGAUAACUGAAUAUAUAGAAGGAGGAACACUAAAAGACUAUAUCCGAAACAUGGAUCAUUUUCCGUGGGAAGAUCGUAUCAGCUUCGCCCGAGGAAUUGCAUCAGGAAUGACAUAUCUACACUCAAUGUGUAUCAUCCACAGGGACCUCAACUCUCACAACUGCCUGGUCAAACUGGACAAAUCUGUGGUGGUUGCUGACUUUGGACUAUCACGGCUGGUGGUUGAACACAAAAAGCCUCCCCAGGAAAAAACAUUACCGAGGAAACGAAUGUUGAAGAAGAUUGAUAGGAAAAAGCGCUAUACAGUCGUAGGAAAUCCAUAUUGGAUGGCCCCAGAAAUGAUCAAUGGUAAAAGCUAUGACGAAAAAGUGGACAUUUUCUCCUUUGGGAUUGUUCUGUGUGAGAUCAUUGGACAAGUUUAUGCUGAUCCAGAUUUCCUGCCAAGAUCAAUGGACUUUGGGUUAAACGUCGAUGCAUUUUUCGAAAAAUUUGUUCCUAAAGACUGUCCACCGGCCUUCUUCCCAUUGACUGUGGCUUGUUGUGAUCUGGAUCCAGAAAAAAGACCCCCAUUUUCCAAAUUGGAGGAUUGGUUUGAGGCACUAACAUUGUACUUGGAACUGAAGAUUCCUCUCCCUGCGGAAUUGGAGGAGCUCGACAGCCAGCUUCACAAAAGACGUGAACACAAAAGAACCAACAGUGAUCUUGGGAUUGAAAGCUAGUCUGUAGAGCAAUGCUACCUUCCUAAAGGGGAAUGUGUAUAGGUCACGUUUGAAUUGUUUUAAGCUGAAGCAGCCUGUCAGAAACAAGAAAGCAAUCCAUCUAUUUGCUUAAUGUUUCUUGGAUUUGCUGGGUGGAUGGGGUUCACGAAUAGACAAUGAUGGACCCAUAGCCUGGUGGUGGACUCUUAAAAUCAGUAGAUUUCUUCUAGUUUCUACUGUUGUGUUUACAGGAGCGGGGCUCUUGAAUUUAACCUGGACUUUUGCCAAGAAAGAAAAAGAAAGAAGGUGGUUUCUUUGUCUACAACAUUACAUGAGGAGGUUUCACUGGAACAAAACCAAAUGUAAGUGGGAGAUGUAUCCAUUGCAACCGAGUCAAGAUAUCUUAUUGUUCUGCUACAUUUUUCAAAACGAGCAUCAAUGAACUCGAUUAAUCCCACGACCCUUUUAUGGAAAAAGGUAACCCUCUGUUUUGGCACCUUAAUGUUUAUGAAGUGUUUGGGGAACAGGAAAAGGAGAGAUGUCAGAAUUCCUUGUGGAAGUAUGUCAUUUUCAAUCACUAAUUAUAUUCACAGGAAAUUAAAUCCUUAAGAAUAAAAUGACUGCACAUGGACUCUUAAGCAUUAAAUGAAAUGCAGUUUGUGGGAAGGCAACCCUUUCUGUAUAACAAAUUG